CCAGGGCUGCAACCUGGACAGCAGCCCUCCCCCGAACAGAUGCGUCAACUGUUAGAGGUGGAGGCGCAGAAAGCCGGCAUGACCGUCCCACAAUACGUGGAGCGACUCAAAGCACAAGCAAUGCAAGCCCGACAAGCGCAGAUGGCACAGGCACAAGCACAGCAAGGACAGCAACCCCCUCAGGGCCCGCAAGGCGCUCAGCCUGCCCAGCAACAAGUUCCCAUCCAACCUGGUCCGCCGAAGCCAGAGGCCAUCGCCCUCGCCAAGUUCCUCCAGUCACAGAAUCUCAAGUCAAGAACGUGCAUAUUCCAAGAAAAGAGAAAAGACAUGUUCAAGGUCAAACGCGCGAUUCGAGCAUUGCAUUCCGAUGCUUACGCCAAAGCACGAAAGAAGAACCCGCUUCUGCCGGAAGUGACGGACAGGGUCACAGCAGAGAAUACUUUCAAACUGUUGCCGAUGUCGCUCCUUGCUCUGCGAGUCUCCAAGAUCGACCCGCAUGAUGGACACGACCACGGGAAGAAGAAGCGAGUGAAGGGGUUGUGGACGGUGAAGGUGGAGCAGCAACAAGAAGCUCGCGAUGACUUCCACUAUGUCUGGCUGUACGAAGGACCGCAGUGGAGGAACAAGCUAUACGCCGGCGCCGCACUGUUCGUCAUCCUCGCUGUUGUCUUCUUCCCCGUCUGGCCUUACCAUCUACGAUUGGGGGUGUGGUAUCUCAGCAUGGCCAUGCUCGGCGUGCUCGGUCUGUUCUUUGCCAUGUCGAUCUUCCGUCUCAUCCUGUUCCUGGCGACCAUGUUCGCUGCGCCGCCGGGUCUAUGGCUGUUCCCAAAUCUAUUUGAGGAUGUCGGGUUCUUCGACUCCUUCAAACCUGGAUGGGCAUGGCACGAAGACGAGAAGGCGGUGAAGAAGAGGAAGAAGGCCGAGAGGGAGAAGAAGCGCGCGAAAAAGGAGGCCAAAGCGAACGGGACAGUAGGUGGAGGGGAGGAAAGUGCGGCGGAGGAGUCGGACGUUGUGGAGUCGGACAUUGCGGGCUCGGGGGCAACCACCACAACGGGUGCCGAGGGCGUGCCGGCGAAUCCACAAGCCCAGGCACAGCGGCGGAAUUUGAGCGCGAGGGUGGAGGAGGUGGACGAUGAAUGA